GUUUUAUUUACCUUGAACAGAUGAUAGUACAAAUAUCACUUCUAUCACCAAGCAAUAAAAGCGCUGUCUAAAUCAAUUUGUGCUUCACUGACGUCUCCUACAAUUAUGACAUUGACAAUCAUGCAAUGUCCAUUGCAGGUUUAUUUAACACUAUUAAAAUAGAGGUGUACACUAUAGCAGCAUUGUAGUUAUAUUAUUUGUCAAAUUAUGAAUAUUUAAGAUUUGUUUUGAUUGUAAAUUAAAUACAUACAUUUAAGUAUUCUACUCUUUAAAUCAUAUCCAUAAUAAUGGAGCCAGACUUAGUCAAAAACUGUGAUAAAUAUAGAGUAUCUCACGUACAACCCACUGCAUAUUACAUAUCCGAAUUCGUGUCCAUCAGUGAGGAGAAGAAUUUAAUGGCAAAUAUUUACUCCGCACCAAAACCAAAGUGGACUCAGCUGUCCAACAGGCGGCUACAGAACUGGGGCGGAAUACCACAUGUUAAGGGAAUGAUAGCAGAAACAAUACCACCAUGGUUGGACACAUACCUGGAGAAAAUUCACCGUCUUAGUGUUAUGGGGCGGAAUAAACCAAACCACAUUCUGGUGAAUGAAUAUUUGCCCGGACAAGGAAUAAUGCCCCAUCUGGACGGAUCCUUAUUUUAUCCAACUAUCACUACGAUAUCUUUAGGGUCUCAUAUUGUAUUAAAGUUUUUGGAACCGAGCACAGAAGAUGACAAGAAAUCAACAAAUCAUGCAUUUUCACUGUUGUUAGAACCUAGAAGCUUGUUAAUUCUACAAAACGAAUUAUUUAAUUACUAUUUACAUUGUAUAGAAGAAGUUACAGAGGAUUUAUUGGAUGAAUCUAUAGCCAAUUUAGGCAUGUGUUCUGAGAAAUAUAUUCAAGGUUCCUCUAUGUCAAGGGGUACCCGAAUAUCAUUGACUAUAAGACAUGUUCCUAAGACUUCAGUAUUUAAACUUAAUAUUGGUAAUAAAAGAUGAAUAAUGGCAAACUUGUUUCUAUUAUUAUUUUGCUAAUAAUGUAAAGCAUGUAGCAGUAAUACUAAAUCAAAAAGUUCUUAUUAAAUUAUGUACCUAGUACCUACCCACUUUCUAUUUUUAAAUAACUCAUGACUAUUAGUACUCAUGUCUAGAUGGCUUUAUUUUAAUCACAACAUUCAACAAUUUUGAAUACUUAUUUUUUAAAUAUUUUAUUUUAUUAUGGUUUUAAAAACGGUUUUUCCCAAUGCAAGAUACAUCCAUAGAGGAGUAUUGAAUCAAACAAUAACAAAAAAAAAUUAUAGUAGUGGAACACCACCUAAAAGUGAUUGUCCUGGCAAGGAAGAGAAACCUGGAGAGCAGGCUUCCAGUGGGGAUGGCAAUAAGAGCGGUUUGGUGCUCGGCGUGUACGAGGCGGGUCAGAAGUUCGAGCUGACCCCGACCGCCGCUGAGAUAGACCAGAAGAGCGGCGGGAAGCUCUGCCGACAUUUGAACGAGCUGUCAUGUGAACUGAAGUUGGGCAAAGCCUUCGUGGUAACGGAUCUGUUGAAGGAGUACUCCGGCGGCGUGGCGAUCGCUUCGUUCGGGCCCAGGGACGCGGGGUUCUGCAAGCUGGAGCAGCUGGAUCGGGCCAGGGAGAACAUCCGCUGGGGCGUGGGUGCCGGAGUGCGGGCGCUGCAGCGGCGCGGGUGCGCGCGCGUGGCGGUGGACUCGCCCGCGCACGCCGACGCCGCCGCGGAGGCCGCCCUCCUCGCCGCCUGGAGGUUUCAGGAGUACAAGUCGUGCGGGGACCGCGCGGCGGAGACGCAGGUGUCCCUGCACGGGGGUAGCGGGGGUGACGAGCGGCGACAGCGGGAGUUCCAGGAGGGAGCGGCGCGCGCGCACGCGCAGAACUGGGCGCGAUACAUGGCCGACAUGCCUGCCAACAAUAUGACGCCCGUCGACCUCGCGCAGGAGGCAGUGGACGUGCUUUGCCCGCUGGGCGUAACAGUAGAAGCCCGCGAGCGCUCGUGGAUGGAGGCGCAGCGCAUGGAGGCGUUCCUGGCCGUCGCGCGCGGCUCCUGCCAGGCGCCGCUCAUGCUCGACUGCUCCCUCAAAACUAGCCCCGACGCCCCCAACGUGCUUAUUGUGGCUAAAGGCGUCACUUACGACAGCGGCGGGUUGUGUCUGAAAAAGGGCGAGGAAAUGUCAGAGACGCGGGGCAGUAUGGCCGGCGCCGCCGUCGCUCUCGCUGCCAUCAGAACUAUCGCCGAACUCAAGGUGCCGAUAAACGUAUGCGCGUGCAUCCCUCUGUGCGAGAACAUGAUCAGCGGGCAGUGCAUGAAGGUGGGCGACGUGGUGCGCGCGCUCAACGGACUCUCCAUACAGAUCGAGAACACGGACAUGGAGGGGCGGCUGAUGAUGGCGGAUGCACUGGUGUACGGGCAGGCGCUGCACAAGCCCGCGCUCGUCGUCGACGUGGCCACGCUCACCAAGGGCGUGGCGCUGGCGAUGGGCGGGGGAGCAUUUGGAUCAUUCAGCAACAGCGACAACGUGUGGAAUAUACUGCAGCGCGCCGGCGCCACCACGGGCGACCGGCCCUGGCGCCUGCCGCUGUGGCACUACUACCAGCGGCAACUCACGGAUGAUCCUGCUGUGGACCUACGAAAUCAAGGAUCUGGUAAAGCCACUGCCUGCCUUGGCGCUGCCUUUCUUCAGAACUUCGUAUGUGGGGAGUGGUUGCACCUAGACAUCACGGGGGUGGGGCGCGUGUCGCACGCGGGCGCGCCGUACCUGCGCGCGCGGCGCAUGACGGGCCGACCCACGCGCACCCUCGCGCUCGCGCUGCAGCACGUGGCCGCCGCCUGCCAGGCCUCCGCCGCCCCCCCUGCUCAGAAAUCUAAAGAAGCAAGAAUCGGCAAAUAACACCGGGUUAAAGAACACAAUGCUUCUUCUGAACCCACCCACCUCUCGUCUUGCUACUUCUGUCCAACUGUCGGAAUCAGACUUCGAGUCCACUAACAUCAGAAAAUUUGCGAUGCUGCCAGCUGCUAAGAGUCCGGUACAAUCGACCGCGCGCUGACUGCGACACCGUCCUUCAAUUAGCUAUUAUUAUAACGUUUAAAAUAGAUAUACCUAUAUAAUUAACUUAGUUUAUUUUUAUUUUAUUUAUUUAAGAAAAUCAACAGCGUUAAAUUAUCAUCUUCAGCCUAAUAAUGUCCCCACUGCUAGGGCACAAGCCUUCCCUAUGGAUGGAAUAGG